AUGGGGACACGGGUGACGUGGCGUGCGAUCAAUACCACCGAUACAAGGAGGACGAGGCAUCUGGGCUUCUCAGCGUACCGCUUCUCCAUCAGCUGGCCCCGCAUCCUUCCAUCUGGGCGGCAGCCAGUGAACCAGGAGGGCGUGGAGUAUUACAACCGCCUCAUCCACUGCUUGCUCCGUAACGGCAUCACGCCGUGUGUGACGCUCUUCCACUGGCACCUGCCACAGGCACUGGAGGAGGAGUUUGGAGGAUUCAGAGGCGAGCAGGUCGUUGGUGCAUUCAGGGAAUAUGCACGGCUCUGCUUCUCUCUCUUGGGCGACAGAGUGCCCUACUGGCUCACCUUCAACGAGCCCUACACCUUUGCCCUCAAGGGCUACGCCGUGGGGGACUUUGCGCCCGGGCGCUGCUCCGACCGGCAGUGCUGUGCGGAGGGCGAUGGGGCGGUGGAGCCGUAUGUGGUGGUGCACCACAUGCUGCUGGCUCACGCUGCUGCUGUCGACUGCUACAGGAGGGAGUUUCAGCCUCAGCAGGGAGGACAAAUCGGCAUCCCCGUGGACAGCGAAUGGGCGGAGCCUUUCUCACAGCACCCUGAUGACGUGGCAGCUGCUGAUAGGCGCAUCCAGUUCAGCCUCGGAUGGCUGCCGCACCCCAUAUUCUUUGGCACCUAUGCACCCGCCAUGCACCACUACGUGGGCCCUCCUUCUCCCCCUCACAAGCUGCCUCGCUUAAAGGCAGCCGCGUCCCCCUGGCCGUACAAGGUGCCGUGGGGCUUGCAGACGCUGCUCAUACACAUCACCACCACAUGCGGCGCCCCGCCCAAACUGCUCACUGCUGUCAUGUCACCCCAUUUCCCCCUCUCCAUGCACCAAACUGCACCAUGCCAGGCAGCAUCACCCUGGCUGUACGAGGUGCCGUGGGGCUUUGAAAAGCUGCUUAUGCACAUCACCACCUCAGAAGGGGCACCGCCCAUCUACAUCACAGAAAAGGGUACUGCCGUGCUGUGGUUUCACAGUGUACAUGAGGAGGACGACCAGUCGCUGCCACUCCAUGUGGCCACGAGUGACCCACACCGCGUGUGGUACUACCACGCGUACCUCUCCCACCUUCUCGCCGCCAUCAUGCAAGGGGCGGACGUGAGGGGGUACAUCGCAUGGUCGUGGAUGGACAACUUCGAGUGGCAGAUGGGGUACUCGCGCCGCUUUGGCCUCGUGCAUGUGGACCGCACAAAUGGGUUGAAAAGAACGCCCAAGACGUCUGCAACUUGGUGGCAGAGGCUCCUAUCGGGGAUACCCGUGCAUGAGUCUUAG